UGGUACGCGCCAUACCAAGCCAUUGCCUUCUUUGAAGUGCUUGAGUGCAUUACUAGUACGAUCUCGUGUAUCGGACGGCAGAUCGAGCUAACGUUUCUCUCAAUCACUGCAAAUUAGGACUACAGAAUUUAUCAACCGUGCUCAACUCUCAACUCUAGUAAUCAGAAUGAGCCGUUACUCGUCCAGAAGAGUUGGGUUGACAGGCGAUUUUCUCACCAUGUUCUUGAUACACGGCCUGAUUUUCAUUUCAACUGUUUCAGGUGGAAAGACUUCUGAUCGCCUUUCUCGAGGUGCUCACGAUUAUUGUAAGUUCAUCCAGGAGACAGCAGGUCCUUACUCAGCUUGCCAUUCAUUCGUCGACCCGACAGAAAGUUUUGAUGCUUGCGUGUCCGGUUACUACAACUGUACGAAAGAGAGGCCCAGCGAUUGUGCUUGCAGUGCAGCUGAAGAUUACGAGAAGCAAUGUCUGGCCGAAGGAGUGACCGCCUUCAGGUCGAUCGUCGAUGCCUGCGGCGUAUGCGGUGGUAACGGCAUCUCCUGCGGACGAAAAAAAUCUACGUGUACCGUUUUCAGUAGUCCUCUGGCCUCGGUUACUGGGAAAAAGCAAAAAUUUACAACAUUUGACUGCUUAAUGCACAAAUUUCAAGGUUCUUGCGAAUACGUCUUGGCACGUGACUGCACUGAUGGUCUGUUUGAUAUCCACAUUGAGAAUGACUCUCCUUUUCCCAAUGGCGUCCGCACUACUUGGACAAAAGGCAUUGCUAUUCGUACACGUGAACUUGGCCUGAUUAAAGCUACUUUUUCUUACAAAGAAACCAAAGUUUAUAUGGACAACAAACUCUUGAGUUGGCCAUCAACCAAUUAUGGAUCCGACGGUUCUCGAAUUCUCUUGUUCACUGAAACAAUGGAAGAAAUAGUCGAGAUCGUGUUGGCAGGCAUAGAUGUCAGAAUAUCUCUGAUUGAUCAACAUGAAAUAGUUGUAUCUAUUCCGACAUUCUUUAUCAAUAAGACUUGCGGUUUGUGUGGUAACUACAACGGCAACCCAGAGGACGACCUUAUGCUGACAAAUGGGAACACGCUGCCAGUCAGUAACGUAGACGGUUCCACAUCCGCUCUGUCUGUAUCCAACUACCACACAUUUGGUACUAACUGGACUGUACAGGGCAAGGACAGACUAAUCUUAAGCCCGAGCGACACUUGUGGGAAGGUCAUCCAUGUAUCCUAUUGCGAUCAACUGCUGGAUCGCAGAGAAAAAGUAGAGAAGUUCUGUGAAGUCAUUAUUGAUCCGAAGGGACCAUUUGCAGAAGCCCAUGGUUACACCGAUCCAGAGAAAGCGUACAAACAAUGUGUACUCAGCGGCUGCGCGCAUGAAGGAGAAAAAAAGUAUGCAUGUCCAGUAAUCUUAUCGUACCAAGCUCAAUGUCGAAGAUGCAACACAAAUUUUAUUACAACAGUUGUGCCAGAUUGCGAAAUACCAUGUAGUGAUCUGGCAACUCCAUCGGAUGGUUCCAAAUUCGGCAGUGGGAACUCUUUUGAAGAUAUAAUUACAUUUUCUUGCAAUAAAGGAUUUACUCUGUCGGGAUCGUUGUCGCGUCAGUGUCAGGCCGACAGCAGCUGGAGCGGUUCUCCUGCAGUCUGUACCGACGUGGAUGAGUGUGCGACGGAGACGGAUAACUGUGACUCUAAUGCUCUGUGCAUCAACACGCACGGAUCCUUCCAAUGCAAAUGCAACCCAUGUUACAAGGGAAGCGGGGAUACAUGCACACAAACGACGUGCCCCGCUCUGGUACCCCCAACGGCUGGAAAACUUUCUGAUAGCAGUUCUAAUCUUUGCGGAAGGAAUGCGACGUUUGAAUGUGACGUAGGCUAUCGUUUGGUCGGAUCGUCUUCUCUACAAUGCAGUGAGGACUCGCUGUGGUCGGGAACCGAACCGGUCUGCCAAGAUGUUGACGAAUGUGGCGAAGGAUCUCACGAUUGUGCACCAAAAGGAGCGUCUUGCACAAACACGGUCGGAGGUUUCAAGUGUUCGUGCGACAAAUGCUACUCUGGGGACGGAAAAUCUUGCACCUUGGUUUUGUGCGAAAGCGUUACCUUGUCGAGUAAUACAAGAAUAAGCAGCCCAAUCACGACGUGUGAUACAGUGAUUGAGUACGAAUGUCUGCUUGGAUACCGUCUGAAUGGGAAUAGUACGAGAAGAUGUCAACAGGACGGAUCGUGGAGUGGAAAUGCACCCACGUGUAUAGAUAUUGAUGAAUGCGCGGAGGGUGCAGACAAUUGCGAUUCCAACGCUGAGUGCAGCAACUCGUUCGGAUCAUUCGCAUGCACUUGCAAUGUCUGCUACAGCGGAGAUGGCAUUACUUGCACGCGAACGACUUGUCCCCUUUUGGAGUCUCUGCAACACGGCAGCGUCUCUAGUGAGACGAACAUGUGCGGAGAGAGUGUGACGUUUGAAUGUAACGAUGGCUUUCGUUUGUCGGGGUCGUCUUCUAGACAAUGCGGUACAGAUUUGUUGUGGUCUGGAACGAAACCGAUUUGCAACGAUAUCAAUGAGUGCAGUGAGGGGUCUCACAAUUGCGCUCUAAUAGGAGGAUCUUGUACGAACUCAGUGGGAAGUUAUAAAUGCUCGUGUGUGGAGUGUUAUGCGGGUGACGGCAGAUCGUGCGUACGAAUCAAGUGCGAAAGUCUUUUAUCGCCGUCCAAUGGAAGAAUAAACAGCAGCGAUACAACGUGUUUAGCCACGGUUGCGUAUGGAUGCAAUACUGGAUACCGUCUGAACGGCGACCGAGUAAGAAGGUGUGAGCAAGACGGUUCGUGGAGCGGAGACCAGCCCCAGUGUUCAGACGUCGACGAGUGUGCGGAGGGCACGCACAACUGCGAUUCUAAUGCCAAUUGCAUCAACGGGCUCGGAUCUUUUAUUUGCACGUGUAAUCGGUGCUAUAGUGGCAGCGGAACGACCUGCACUCGUACGACUUGUCCUAGUUUGGUGUCUCCAGAACAUGGAAUCAUUGCAAGUACCUCUAAUCUCUGUGGGGACAAUGUGACAUUUGAAUGCGACGUCGGGUUUCAGCUACUUGGAUCGUACACGAGGCAAUGCGAUAUAAAUUCACUGUGGUCUGGAACCCAACCGGUCUGCAACGAUAUUAACGAGUGCACUGAAGGCUCCCAUAGUUGUGCUCAAACUGGAGGAUCCUGUACUAACACACUAGGCGGAUAUACUUGCUCGUGUGACCCAUGCUAUAAGGGCGACGGCAGGUCGUGCUCUCAAGUUACUUGUUCAAAUCCUACAGCGCCGCCUAAUGGAGCAAUAACCGGGAAUGAGACAAUAUGUGGUUCCAACCUGGACUAUUCGUGUAUCUCAGGCUACCGUCUAAAGGGAGUCAGUUUGAGAACAUGUAAACAGGAUGGCUCGUGGAGUGCAAAGGAGCCCUUGUGUAUCGAUGUCAACGAGUGCAAGGAUGGGACACACAAUUGUGACCCCGUCAAUGGUAUCUGCACUAACACUGACGGAAGUUAUAAAUGCUCUUGCAAGAAAUGCUAUACUAUGAACGGCCAUUCUUGUCAGCUCCUUCAUUGUUCCAAUUUGUCAGCACCAAUCCAUGGACGACUAUCGUCAUUGGAUACGGGUUGUGGGAGCGUGGUCUCGUUCUUCUGCUCGACUGGUUUUACCCGUUCAGUGGGCUCACAAAAAAGAAAGUGCAAUCCGAAUGGAAGGUGGUCUGGGAAAUCUCUCGCGUGCAAAGAUAUCAAUGAGUGCGCUAAAGGCCACGAUUGUGACAAAGAAAAAGGCUCGUGCAAAAAUACGAUUGGCAGUUAUCGGUGCUCUUGCAAGGCUGGAUUCUUUGGGGACGGUCGUACAUGUAGUGGUGACACUUAUACUGUAGAGGGACGCGUAAUAGAUGCUUCAGACGGCUCCGCCAUUAGGAGAGCACGAGUCUUGCUGGGAAGACGAUCAAAGACCACAAAUAGCAACGGACAUUUCUCCUUUCUUAACGUUCCUGGCCUUACUUAUAUAUUGAACGCAUCAGCGGAUGGCUAUGUUACUAAUACCAAAGAGAUCACUGUGACUGGCAAUAUCAAAGAGGACACCGCAGACAUUAUACUCAGUAAAGUAUUGAAACUAGGUACCUGGAAGAUUGUGGUCACGUGGGGUGAAGAGCCAGCUGAUCUCGAUGCCUACUUGAAACUCCCAGACGACCGACGAAUCAGUUACUUCGAGAGAGAGUACCAGUCCGGAUCUGCCACCGUCACAUUGGAUAUCGACGACACGAACAAAUUCGGGCCUGAAACAAUAACAAUUAAUGAAGGAAGUCAGUCUGGCGUAUACAGACACUAUGUUAAUGCCUAUUCUUCAGAUUUUAGUAAAGGACAAGCGACCGCUGAGCUAUACAACGGAAAUGCUAAAGUGGCCACCCUGAUGUCCCCAUUGGGUCCAGAGCAAUACUGGGUAACGUUUCUAAUCGAUAUUACAGCCCCCAAGUUCACUAUUAUUAACAAGCUGACUAACUUUCCUGACACGCAAGAGAAAUAACUGUUCUCUCAAUCUUCAAACUUAACAGUUGUUUCUCUACAUGUUGCAAUUGUGUGUGAUGUAUUGAGUAGAUCAGCGCGGUGGUGGUAAUAGUGGGAGUAAAGUCUUCAGCAGCGCAGUGAUAACGUUGCGACCUUAGAUCUGUUUGACCUCGUCGUCUCUAAACGUGAGUAUCAAUAAAUGUAACGCAAAUUGUGCACAUCAA